AUGAAAAUAGGAACAGUCUAUUAAGGAAAUCAAACAUUAACAAUCAGCGCAAUUCAUGAAAUAGUAAUCAAAAAUUUUCAAGAAAUAAUAAUUAAAAUAUUUCAAGAAAUGGUUUAUCAGUUGAAUUUAGAAAAAGCAAUUAAACUGAAUUAAGAAAUAACAAAUCAAGCAAAUUUAGAAUAUGCAAUCAAAGUAACCAAAUUUAAGAUUAAUGACGAAUUAAUUUAGGCUAAGUAAAGAAAACUAAUAAGUGACAAAUAAUAAUAAGUAAUUUAUAAUAAAUGUCGAAAAUCUUAUGUAAUAAAAAUACGGAUAAAAAGAAAUAAAAUAAUUAAUUGCAAUAUUUUAAUUAAAUUAUUUUUACAAAAUCAUUUUAAAGUGUGUAUUUUACAAAUUUAUUUUAAUAUCUGCCUAUCAUUUUAGUUAAUUUGA